AUGGGAAAUGAAAAUUUAGGCCUGUUGAGUUUUGGUCUUAAAAUGGAGCCUGUCAUGGCUCCACUUCAGCUUCACAUUGCCGAGUCUGUGGCCUCCGGGGACAGGCACGUCGCGGGCGGCGGGACUCGGGCGGGCGCCGCCUCCACUCGCGUGUCUGCGCGGGCCGGGCGGGUGCUGCAGAGGCGCCGCGUGCUCGCGUGUCCCGCCGCUCUGCGCGCGCGCCACCUCGGGGAGGACUUGCGGGCGACCGCGGCGCCCGGACGUCUUGUCGGACACCCCCUCGGACCCCUUCUUUCCCGGCGGGCGGUGCUUCCCGCCAGCGGACAGGUCAGCCAGGGCGUCGACCACACCCCGGCCCAGCGAUCCACGCAGGUACUCGCGGUCCCGGGCCGGGGCGAGCACGGGGCCACAGGACGGGUCGAGGGGGCCACCGCGCACGGAAAGAUCCGGGUGGGCCGCUGGGACCCGCGGGCGCCGGGUGGGGCAGCGUGGGAGGCGCCCACGGUGGAGCCCCUGAAGGAGGGUCCGGGCGGCGCUCCGCCCGCUCCACCUGGGUCUCUGCCGGAUCCAGGGCCCGGCGUUCCCCUGUCCACACCUUCGCGCUCGCCGUCCGCCACCGAGCGCUCACCUGUGCACCUCUCGGACACUCCCCUGUCCACCCCCAGGGAGCUUCUCCCCACUACCAGCCAUCGAGGGCUCCCAUUCCUUGCUCACGGACGCUCCCCUAUCACAGUCCUCUACUGUGGCACGGGAAUGCUGUCCUUGCUGCUCUUUGGAGUGUUCACUGCUUUGCCAGUUGCUAUAGCAGAAGCUUGCAAGGACAAUUCCGUACAGAAUGAAGUGCGGUUAGUGGGCCAACCUGCUGCUAUUAAUUGUCAAGACUUUCAGCUAAUGUCUGGGAAAGCAAAUGUGACAUGGUAUAAAUAUCCCAGUAAUACUCCAAUCUCCAACAAUGUAAGUUCCAGAAUUCACCAGGAACAGACUUGGAUUUUGUUUGUCCCCUUGAUGUGGAGUGACUCUGGGGUCUACCAAUGUAUCGUCAACGAUACGACCAUCUGUUAUAGAAUACCUGUAAACCUAACUGUUGUAAGUAAAGAUUGGUGCAAUACUUCUGAAAGCAGUCAACAAAAUUUAUCAAAUGAAUACAGACAAAUAUUACAUGAUGGAAGUUAUGGUAAACUUGUGUGUUAUGUGGAAUUCCCAAGCAGUUGGAUUGUUAAACUGAUCACGUGGUAUAAGGACUGUACAGAGAUUAUUAAAGGAGAGCAUUUUGAUGUUUUGGAAAGGAAUCUUUUGGUGAGCAACGUCUCAACAGAGGACAGAGGGAGGUACAUCUGUAUAGCCACAUUGAUCCAUGCAGAGAAGUCCUACACGGUUCAGACAAGCAUUGCUGUGAUUGUCACAGAAGAAGUUGUAUAUGGAGGAAAAAUUCCAAAUAUAAUUUAUCCAAAGAACAAUUCAAUUGAAGUAAAACCUGGCUCCACUCUCGUUGUUGACUGCAAUAUAACAGAUGUGAAGGGAAAUACAAACCCAAGAAGCUGGAAGGUGAAUGACACUCUGGUGAAUGACUACUACAGGGACUCCACACGUAUCAGAGAAGGGAUUGAAGUCCCCGUUUAUUUGACGAAGCAUAAUUUUUAUACCGUAAACAUAACCUUUUUAGAAGUGAAGACCGAGGAUUACGGCCAUCCUUUCACCUGCCAUGCUGGAGUAUCUGCAGCGUAUUUUAUAUUGAAACUCCCAGUUCCAGAUUUUCGAGCUUACUUGCUUGGUGGGCUUCUUGGCUUGAUGUGUGUGGUAGUGUCUGUCACGUAUAUCUACAAUGUUUUCAAAAUUGAUAUUGUACUUUGGUAUCGAAGUGCCUUCAGCUCUACUAGAGCCAUGGAAGAUGGAAAGCUCUAUGAUGCUUACGUCUUAUACCCAAAAACCCAAGAAAACAAGAGCCCUGAGGUGGACACUCUGGCAUUGAAGAUCCUCCCUGAGGUGCUGGAGAGACAAUGUGGAUACAAGCUCUUUAUAUUUGGCAGAGAUGGGAUUCCUGGGCAAGCCGUGGCCAACGUCAUCGAUGAAAACAUUAAACUCUGCAGGAGGCUGAUCAUCGUGGUCGUGGCGGAAUCGCUGAGCUUGGAGCUGUUAAAGACCAUGUCGGAAGAGCAGAUCGCCAUCUACAACGCUCUCGUCCACAACGGCAUGAAGGUCAUCCUCAUCGAGCUGGACGAGGCCACGGACUACACGGCCUUGCCCGAGUCCAUCCAGUACAUCAGACGGAAGCACGGCGCCCUCCAGUGGAGCGGGGCGCUGACGCGGCAGCCGCAGUACGCCCAGAGCAAGUUCUGGAAGAAAGUGAGGUACCACAUGCCGCCCAGGCGGUGUCCACCCUCGCCCCCCGUCCAGUUGCUGACUCACACGCCCUGUGACCGCACAGCGAGCUAG